AUGGAGGAAACCAUCGUUAAGAAUGUUCUUGUCGAACUUGAGAACUGGCCUGAUGAGUUGGAUCCAGAUGUCCAAGAAUUGCGAGCCAUACUAUACGAUCCACAUUUUCGGGCGCUGCUGCAGACACAGGACGUGGUGGCGCACGAGGUGUACGGCGAGGAGGCGGUCCGGGCCACUCCUCCGCCGGCCGGACCGUACCUGAACGGAGGGCCGGAGCCCGAACUCAUCACCGGAGGGAGCGACGACCCGGACAUGGAGAACGUCACCCGCGUCCGGCUCGUCCAGUUCCAGAAGAACACCGACGAGCCCAUGGGUAUCACGCUUAAAGUAGAUGAAGAAGGCCGAUGUAUAGUAGCAAGAAUAAUGCACGGGGGAAUGAUACACAGACAAGCAACUCUUCACGUGGGGGAUGAAAUUCGAGAAAUCAAUGGCGUGAGCGUUGCGAACCAAUCCGUAGAAAGUCUGCAGCGAAUGCUGAGAGAUGCUCGUGGCAGUGUCACUUUCAAGAUUGUGCCUAGUUUUCGCAGUGCUCCUCCUCCUUGUGAGAUAUACGUUCGAGCUCAGUUUGACUACAACCCAAAUGAAGAUGAGCUCAUCCCUUGUGCACAAGCUGGAAUCGAAUUUCGCACUGGGGACAUUCUUCAGAUAAUUAGUAAAGACGACCAUAAUUGGUGGCAGGCUAGAAAAGAAGGAUCUGAUGGAACUGCUGGCCUUAUACCCUCGCCUGAACUUCAAGAAUGGAGAACUGCUUGCUUAGCGAUUGAGAGCUCUAAAAACGAUCAAGUAAAUUGCUCAAUAUUUUCUCGAAAGAAGAAGCACUUUCGAGACAAAUACCUGGCGAAGCACAAUGCUGUAUUUGAUCAACUGGAUGUAGUUACUUAUGAAGAAGUUGUUAAGCUUCCAGCAUUUAGGAGAAAAACUUUAGUUCUGCUUGGAGCUCAUGGUGUUGGUAGGAGGCACAUAAAAAAUACGCUGAUCAGCCAUCAUUCUGAUAAAUAUGCUUAUCCCAUACCUCACACUACAAGGCCAAUGAGAAAAGGAGAAGAAAACGGAAAAAAUUAUUUCUUUGUAUCGCAUGAUGAAAUGAUGGCUGAUAUUACAGCGAACGAAUAUCUUGAAUAUGGCACACAUGAGGAAGCAAUGUAUGGAACAAAACUCGAAACAAUUAGAAGGUUGCACGCUGACGGUAAAAUGGCAAUAUUAGAUGUUGAACCUCAAGCUUUGAAAAUUUUACGGACUGCUGAGUACACUCCAUACACUGUUUUCAUUGCAGCCCCUUCCCUAGGAAAUAUGCAAGAUAUUGAUGGAGCUCUAGAGAGGCUCUACAAAGAAAGUGAGCUUUUGCGCCAGGCUUAUGGCCAUUUCUUCGAUUUGACAAUUGUGAACAAUGACAUUGAAGAGACUAUUCGGACUCUAGAGAAAACUCUAGAGAAAGUGCACAAUACAACACAGUGGGUUCCUGUCACAUGGGUUUAUUGAAAUUAAUUAAAAGUCGACAUUAGAGUACAUUUUUACCAUAUUGCUGCCAAACACCACGGCUCAUCCUCCGGCCAAUUUUUACGCAUGGUCGCGAGAGCAAACCAUGCCAAUGUCUGCUAAAUAUUUUGAACUAACGUAAAAUAGAGCUCUAUGCUAAUGGAUAAUCACUAUAUUUCAUUAUUUGGUCGAGCUUACAUUGGUGGAAAAUGUGAUUAAGUGCUGUUCAUAAACCUUCGAGUGGAGAAACGACGAAGAAAUAUUACGUAUCAGUUGUCCUAUUUUUUAAAGUUAUGUGUGUCUAAAAAUAUGUAUUCACUUUGCAGUUUUAUUUUUAGAUAAGUUGUAUAUUUUUUUAACGUGCAUUUCAUUUUCACUUGGAAAGGCAGUAGUCGAAAUUUUGAGCAUUGAAAAAUAUUUUUCUAAAUAUCUGAAUUGUUUUGUAAAAUACAUACAAAAAAGUAUUUUAGCUCAUCACAUGCUUUCAAAAAAUUAAAUAUCUUUAUCAUAUUUUAAAAUAAACUUUUGAUUGGAUAACAGAUUUUAUUUUACAGAAAUAAUUCAUGUUUAGUCUAAAUUGUAUAACAGAAAUCCCUCUUAAUUUGAAUGUUUGAUUAUGUUGUAUGAUAAAACAAAACGAUUUUUACCAAAUAAUAUUUGAAAAAUAGAGAAUGUGAUACGGUUUUACAAAUCAGGUGGAAAUUUUUUAAAGAAAUGUAAAGAAAAGUCAUUAGAAGGCCAUUAUUACUGGAGUCAAAGAUUCUAGUCAUGCUGAAGCUUGUGUUGUAAGUGGAUACAAAAGAUUUUAUUUAUUUUUAUCUAAAUUCAAACACCAGCAACUGGUAUCAUGUGCAUGCCAGCAUAUCAUCUGUGCUAAAACCUUAUUGUUUAACUGAUUAUUCUACUUGCAAAACAAAUAAUACAACUUUUUUUUUUUUUUUUUUUUUGUAAAUUAACAUAAAAAGUAAAGUAUUUGUAUAUACUUCAUGACUUUGAUUCAACAAAGUUUGAGCUUUUCCAUCGGUUACUUUUAAACUAUCACAUGAUUAUGUUCGAAAUUACUAAAUUUGUGUUUUUUUUUCUUUUAUGUGCGAUUUUGUUACAAGUGCAAUGUUUUUCCUAUACAUGUUUUGUCUUGAAGUACAUACAUUCCAUGUUAGUUAAAUGUGUUAAUGAGUGUUAAACCAGUAAAUAAUGAACGUCAGCAAAAAAUGUUCUUUGAUUUAUGUUUUAGUAGUUCUGUUUUGUUUUCUUAGUAUUUGUAUUUGAGUUUUAAGGCCUUCUGUUCCGUAGCUUCCAUGUGUAUCAUUUUUCCCCCCAUCUUUGUCGUUUCAUGCUUAAUCUUUUGCGUUUUGCCAUUUUUGUUAAUUAUGUUGCAUAUUCUGUGUCAGAACAUUAAAAAGGCAUUUGUUUAUACACCAAGGAAAAUUUUCUUUUUUUU